AGUCAGUGAUGUGUGUGUAGGCCGUCGAAGUAACAUAUGCUGCAGCGCAAUUUGUCGUUAAUUUCUCUCAUAUUCUUUUUUUUUUUUUUGCGGUUACAAAAUACAAUUUCGAUGAAACCUAUUAUCAUAAACACCAAGGUUCGAGGAAAGUGUUGAAGCUAAGUUCUGAUAGACGUGUACAUAAAAUUCUCCAAAGUGUUAAUAAGAGAUACGAAUUGUCAAACGGCUAAUUGAAAAAUCUUGAACGGAAAUAACGCACAAUGUCCAUAACAACGUCCGACAACAACGAACACGAUGUAAAAAUGAUAGAAAGUCCAUUUCCACGUCAUUUUCAUUUUCAAACGGAAGAUACCGUAACAACGAGCUUUACUAAGAUGAAUAUCAUUACACCGGUCAUUUCCAAGCCUGCGCGUAAUAUCAUGGAUCUCAUAAUGCUCGUGACAGGUGCUAGUCUAAAUGUUUUCCUUGGUCUCUCCAUUACGUUAAAUUCCAUCAUGCACACUUCUAGUAACUGCUACGUAAUGAGUUUGAUGUUUUCAAACUUCGUGGUCCUGCUCGAACCGCUUAAGCAAGUAUUCGACUGGAUUUUCGACAUUCAUCUCGAGAUGAAUCUCGACUACGUAUUCAUGAUGAGCUUCUCCACAUCUGUCUUGAUAAUAAUUCUGCUGAAUGUCGAGACGUACGUUGUCAUUUGUCAGAAAAAUUCGCCUCUUCGCAAUACGCUCCUAAAGAUUUCGACAGCUAUAAAAGGUGUCUCAUUCAUAUGGAUCUUAUGCAUUAUGCUGAUAGCCAUGGAAUUACAUUUGUACGAACAUUUUCAAAAGGAAAUUAUCCACGACAUUUACAUCUCUUCUAGUGUUAUGUUCUUAAUAUUUCCAAGCUUUAUCUUAAUUUUGCUCAAUUAUUUCACUUUGUAUGACCUGAUAAUAUCGAAAUCGAUAAUCGGAGCAUGGCCAAGCGAAGACAUCAAACGCUUCAUUUUUUUGGUUGGUGUUAAUGUUGGAUUUUUUCUAACUAUGGUACCAUAUCGGAUUGUAAGAAUUAUCAUCUUUAUAACGCAAUCUUAUAACGAUAUGGCGAUAGAAAUAACUUAUAUAAUGAUUAAAAUGCAUCCAAUUAUCCUACCAAUAAUAUGUUUUAUAACAUUCAAGAGGACUCGUCAAACAUUCAAGGAUAAUGAUGCGUUGUCAACAGCAUGAAAUAUUCGACGUAACGUAAAAGAUAUCCGGACAUGUUAUAUCAAAGUGUUUUAACGCAUAUAUUUCACUGGAAUAAUUUACUUAAUACUUAAACAAUUUAAUCUUGUAAUCUUAUUGCACUUUCUGCGAAUUUAUUUAAUACAUAUGUGAUAUUUUUAAAUAAUUUAUUAUUUAAAGUUAAGAGAAAGUUUGAGAUUCGUAUAUGCGAUAAGCAAGCUUUCAUAAUCUCCUCUUAUAAAAAAGAAAAGAUAUGAUAUAUACAAUAUGUACAUAACUUUUCAAAAU